GAUCAACACAGAGCCCUCCCUCCCUGGCCGAUACCACCAUGAAUAAUUCCCCUGAAACCACGCCAUCCACAAGUACUCUCUCCUCCGAGACACUCAGUUCCGCGACAACAGAAAUUGAAACUGGCACAGGAACUGAGGUCACUUCAAAACCCACAUCUGCAAGUACUCCCUCAGCAGAAGCACAGGUCUCACCAACUAUGUCCAGCCCCACAGGAAAUGAUGCCGGUGUAAGCACAGCUUUGACCGGCACCAUCUCUGGGGAAUCUUACACUUCUUCAUCCCAUACCAGCAGCGCCUUCAGCAAUGUCACCACAAAGGCAUCUUUCUUCACUUCUCGCUCUAUUGCAACUGAUACCUCUGCCUCCUCACACAGGCCCUCAGCUGAGCCCAGCACAACAACGAAUGAUGCCACUACAAGCAUUGUUUCCACAAGUGCUCCCUUGGGUGAAACACACACUCCCUCAACAACUCUCAGCACCACAGGGAUGGAGGCCAGUAGACGCACAGCUUCGUCCAGUGUUCCAUCAGAAAGAACACACAGCCCUCCACCAAGUACGAAUCCCACAGGGAGUGAUGUUGGUACCACCCUGACUACCAUCUUCCCUACUUCAGUUGAGACGCACAGCCCCGCAACGGUGCAUAGACAUUCAACCCAUACGAGUCCCACACCAGCUCAUGUGGCUACCAGAACUACAUCCGGAAACACUCCCUCGGGGGAAACGCACAGCUCCCUGACCACGCUCGACAGCACCGGGAGAGAUCUCACCGUCGACAUAGCUUUGACUACUUCCCUCUCACCUGAAAUGCACACCUCCUCAUCAGAUUCCACUAGAAUAUUAAGUGAUUUCAGCACCAGCAUUACUAGUGCAACUUCUGCCAGGCGAGAAACAUCCAGUUCGGAUAUAGAGCUCAGCCCCUCGGCAUCUGCAGGCGCUUCAUCGAGCGACGUGACGAGCCUAGCGUCCACGAGUGCUGUGUCAGGUGAAGUACGCACUUCUGCAAAAGCCCCCUCCACCACCACGAGUGAUGUGAAUCUUGGCACACCUUCCCCCAGUCCUUUAACAGUAGAAACCCCAGGCUUCCCAACCUAUAGUAGCCCCACAGUUACCGAUGUCAAUAGAAGCACAGUUUUCAUGACUUCUCCUCCAGGUGAAAAACCCAGGAGCACCGCAUAUACAGGCUCCACCGACAACAAGGGAAGUACAGUCAUGGAUCUCACAGAUUCUCCCGUUGAUCAAACUCAAAGUCCCACGGAAAAUGGCAGCACCAAAGGAACCCAUGUCACUACAACUCCAGCUCCAACAAGGACACCCUCCCAAGAAACAACAAGCCCCUCAGCGGGAGCCAGUAGCACCUUUACCGAUCUCAGCGCUCGAACAGCAGCCACCUCACUUUCAGGGGAAAGGUAUACCCGUACAUCAAAUGGCAGCAGCUCGACGCAGAACACUAUCAGCCUCAGCGAUGUGACUGCAGAAUUGCUUUCCCCAAGUACCCUAUCUGGGACAACGCAGAGCUUCACGACGUUCAGCAUGCCGGGGAACAAUGGGACUGUAGCCUCAGCUUUUACAACUUCUCCUUCGGGAUCAACACAGAGCCCUCCCUCCCUGGCCGAUACCACCAUGAAUAAUUCCCCUGAAACCACGCCAUCCACAAGUACUCUCUCCUCUGAGACACUCAGUUCCGUGACAACAGAAAUUGAAACUGGCACAGGAACUGAGGUCACUUCAAAACCCACAUCUGCAAGUACUCCCUCAGCAGAAGCACAGGUCUCACCAACUAUGUCCAGCCCCACAGGAAAUGAUGCCGGUGUAAGCACAGCUUUGACCGGCACCAUCUCUGGGGAAUCUUACACUUCUUCAUCCCAUACCAGCAGCGCCUUCAGCAAUGUCACCACAAAGGCAUCUUUCUUCACUUCUCGCUCUAUUGCAACUGAUACCUCUGCCUCCUCACACAGGCCCUCAGCUGAGCCCAGCACAACAACGAAUGAUGCCACUACAAGCAUUGUUUCCACAAGUGCUCCCUUGGGUGAAACACACACUCCCUCAACAACUCUCAGCACCACAGGGAUGGAGGCCAGUAGACGCACAGCUUCGUCCAGUGUUCCGUCAGAAAGAACAGACAGCCCUCCACCAAGUACGAAUCCCACAGGGAGUGAUGUUGGUACCACCCUGACUACCAUCUUGCCUACUUCAGUUGAGACACACAGCCCCGCAACGGCGCAUAGACAUUCAACCCAUACAAGUCCCACGCCAGCUCAUGUGGCUACCAGAACUACAUCCGGAAACACUCCCUCGGGGGAAACGCACAGCUCCCUGACCACGCUCGACAGCACCGGGAGAGAUCUCACCGUCGACAUAGCUUUGACUACUUCCCUCUCACCUGAAAUGCACACCUCCUCAUCAGAUUCCACUAGAAUAUUAAGUGAUUUCAGCACCAGCAUUACUAGUGCAACUUCUGCCAGGCGAGAAACAUCCAGUUCGGAUAUAGAGCUCAGCCUCUCGGCAUCUGCAGGCGCUUCAUCGAGCGACGUGACGAGGCUAGCGUCCACGAGUGCUGUGUCAGGUGAAGUACGCACUUCUGCAAAAGCCCCCUCCACCACCACGAGUGAUGUGAAUCUUGGCACACCUUCCCCCAGUCCUUUAACAGUAGAAACCCCAGGCUUCCCAACCUAUAGUAGCCCCACAGUUACCGAUGUCAAUAGAAGCACAGUUUUCAUGACUUCUCCUCCAGGUGAAAAACCCAGGAGCACCGCAUAUACAGGCUCCACCGACAACAAGGGAAGUACAGUCAUGGAUCUCACAGAUUCUCCCGUUGAUCAAACUCAAAGUCCCACGGAAAAUGGCAGCACCAAAGGAACCCAUGUCACUACAACUCCAGCUCCAACAAGGACACCCUCCCAAGAAACAACAAGCCCCUCAGCGGGAGCCAGUAGCACCUUUACCGAUCUCAGCGCUCGAACAGCAGCCACCUCACUUUCAGGGGAAAGGUAUACCCGUACAUCAAAUGGCAGCAGCUCGACGCAGAACACUAUCAGCCUCAGCGAUGUGACUGCAGAAUUGCUUUCCCCAAGUACCCUAUCUGGGACAACGCAGAGCUUCACGACGUUCAGCAUGCCGGGGAACAAUGGGACUGUAGCCUCAGCUUUUACAACUUCUCCUUCGGGAUCAACACAGAGCCCUCCCUCCCUGGCCGAUACCACCAUGAAUAAUUCCCCUGAAACCACGCCAUCCACAAGUACUCUCUCCUCCGAGACACUCAGUUCCGCGACAACAGAAAUUGAAACUGGCACAGGAACUGAGGUCACUUCAAAACCCACAUCUGCAAGUACUCCCUCAGCAGAAGCACAGGUCUCACCAACUAUGUCCAGCCCCACAGGAAAUGAUGCCGGUGUAAGCACAGCUUUGACCGGCACCAUCUCUGGGGAAUCUUACACUUCUUCAUCCCAUACCAGCAGCGCCUUCAGCAAUGUCACCACAAAGGCAUCUUUCUUCACUUCUCGCUCUAUUGCAACUGAUACCUCUGCCUCCUCACACAGGCCCUCAGCUGAGCCCAGCACAACAACGAAUGAUGCCACUACAAGCAUUGUUUCCACAAGUGCUCCCUUGGGUGAAACACACACUCCCUCAACAACUCUCAGCACCACAGGGAUGGAGGCCAGUAGACGCACAGCUUCGUCCAGUGUUCCGUCAGAAAGAACAGACAGCCCUCCACCAAGUACGAAUCCCACAGGGAGUGAUGUUGGUACCACCCUGACUACCAUCUUGCCUACUUCAGUUGAGACACACAGCCCCGCAACGGCGCAUAGACAUUCAACCCAUACAAGUCCCACGCCAGCUCAUGUGGCUACCAGAACUACAUCCGGAAACACUCCCUCGGGGGAAACGCACAGCUCCCUGACCACGCUCGACAGCACCGGGAGAGAUCUCACCGUCGACAUAGCUUUGACUACUUCCCUCUCACCUGAAAUGCACACCUCCUCAUCAGAUUCCACUAGAAUAUUAAGUGAUUUCAGCACCAGCAUUCCUAGUGCAACUUCUGCCAGGCGAGAAACAUCCAGUUCGGAUAAAGAACUCAGCCCCUCGGCAUCUGCAGGUGCCUCAUCGAGCGACGUGACGAGGCUAGCGUCCACGAGUGCUGUGUCAGGUGAAGUACGCACUUCUGCAAAAGCCCCCUCCACCACCACGAGUGAUGUGAAUCUUGGCACACCUUCCCCCAGUCCUUUAACAGUAGAAACCCCAGGCUUCCCAACCUAUAGUAGCCCCACAGUUACCGAUGUCAAUAGAAGCACAGUUUUCAUGACUUCUCCUCCAGGUGAAAAACCCAGGAGCACCGCAUAUACAGGCUCCACCGACAACAAGGGAAGUACAGUCAUGGAUCUCACAGAUUCUCCCGUUGAUCAAACUCAAAGUCCCACGGAAAAUGGCAGCACCAAAGGAACCCAUGUCACUACAACUCCAGCUCCAACAAGGACACCCUCCCAAGAAACAACAAGCCCCUCAGCGGGAGCCAGUAGCACCUUUACCGAUCUCAGCGCUCGAACAGCAGCCACCUCACUUUCAGGGGAAAGGUAUACCCGUACAUCAAAUGGCAGCAGCUCGACGCAGAACACUAUCAGCCUCAGCGAUGUGACUGCAGAAUUGCUUUCCCCAAGUACCCUAUCUGGGACAACGCAGAGCUUCACGACGUUCAGCAUGCCGGGGAACAAUGGGACUGUAGCCUCAGCUUUUACAACUUCUCCUUCGGGAUCAACACAGAGCCCUCCCUCCCUGGCCGAUACCACCAUGAAUAAUUCCCCUGAAACCACGCCAUCCACAAGUACUCUCUCCUCCGAGACACUCAGUUCCGUGACAACAGAAAUUGAAACUGGCACAGGAACUGAGGUCACUUCAAAACCCACAUCUGCAAGUACUCCCUCAGCAGAAGCACAGGUCUCACCAACUAUGUCCAGCCCCACAGGAAAUGAUGCCGGUGUAAGCACAGCUUUGACCGGCACCAUCUCUGGGGAAUCUUACACUUCUUCAUCCCAUACCAGCAGCGCCUUCAGCAAUGUCACCACAAAGGCAUCUUUCUUCACUUCUCGCUCUAUUGCAACUGAUACCUCUGCCUCCUCACACAGGCCCUCAGCUGAGCCCAGCACAACAACGAAUGAUGCCACUACAAGCAUUGUUUCCACAAGUGCUCCCUUGGGUGAAACACACACUCCCUCAACAACUCUCAGCACCACAGGGAUGGAGGCCAGUAGACGCACAGCUUCGUCCAGUGUUCCGUCAGAAAGAACAGACAGCCCUCCACCAAGUACGAAUCCCACAGGGAGUGAUGUUGGUACCACCCUGACUACCAUCUUGCCUACUUCAGUUGAGACACACAGCCCCGCAACGGCGCAUAGACAUUCAACCCAUACAAGUCCCACGCCAGCUCAUGUGGCUACCAGAACUACAUCCGGAAACACUCCCUCGGGGGAAACGCACAGCUCCCUGACCACGCUCGACAGCACCGGGAGAGAUCUCACCGUCGACAUAGCUUUGACUACUUCCCUCUCACCUGAAAUGCACACCUCCUCAUCAGAUUCCACUAGAAUAUUAAGUGAUUUCAGCACCAGCAUUACUAGUGCAACUUCUGCCAGGCGAGAAACAUCCAGUUCGGAUAUAGAGCUCAGCCUCUCGGCAUCUGCAGGCGCUUCAUCGAGCGACGUGACGAGGCUAGCGUCCACGAGUGCUGUGUCAGGUGAAGUACGCACUUCUGCAAAAGCCCCCUCCACCACCACGAGUGAUGUGAAUCUUGGCACACCUUCCCCCAGUCCUUUAACAGUAGAAACCCCAGGCUUCCCAACAUAUAGUAGCCCCACAGUUACCGAUGUCAAUAGAAGCACAGUUUUCAUGACUUCUCCUCCAGGUGAAAAACCCAGGAGCACCGCAUAUACAGGCUCCACCGACAACAAGGGAAGUACAGUCAUGGAUCUCACAGAUUCUCCCGUUGAUCAAACUCAAAGUCCCACGGAAAAUGGCAGCACCAAAGGAACCCAUGUCACUACAACUCCAGCUCCAACAAGGACACCCUCCCAAGAAACAACAAGCCCCUCAGCGGGAGCCAGUAGCACCUUUACCGAUCUCAGCGCUCGAACAGCAGCCACCUCACUUUCAGGGGAAAGGUAUACCCGUACAUCAAAUGGCAGCAGCUCGACGCAGAACACUAUCAGCCUCAGCGAUGUGACUGCAGAAUUGCUUUCCCCAAGUACCCUAUCUGGGACAACGCAGAGCUUCACGACGUUCAGCAUGCCGGGGAACAAUGGGACUGUAGCCUCAGCUUUUACAACUUCUCCUUCGGGAUCAACACAGAGCCCUCCCUCCCUGGCCGAUACCACCAUGAAUAAUUCCCCUGAAACCACGCCAUCCACAAGUACUCUCUCCUCCGAGACACUCAGUUCCGUGACAACAGAAAUUGAAACUGGCACAGGAACUGAGGUCACUUCAAAACCCACAUCUGCAAGUACUCCCUCAGCAGAAGCACAGGUCUCACCAACUAUGUCCAGCCCCACAGGAAAUGAUGCCGGUGUAAGCACAGCUUUGACCGGCACCAUCUCUGGGGAAUCUUACACUUCUUCAUCCCAUACCAGCAGCGCCUUCAGCAAUGUCACCACAAAGGCAUCUUUCUUCACUUCUCGCUCUAUUGCAACUGAUACCUCUGCCUCCUCACACAGGCCCUCAGCUGAGCCCAGCACAACAACGAGUGAUGCCACUACAAGCAUUGUUUCCACAAGUGCUCCCUUGGGUGAAACACACACUCCCUCAACAACUCUCAGCACCACAGGGAUGGAGGCCAGUAGACGCACAGCUUCGUCCAGUGCUCCGUCAGAAAGAACAGACAGCCCUCCACCAAGUACGAAUCCCACAGGGAGUGAUGUCGGUACCACCCUGACUACCAUCUUGCCUACUUCAGUUGAGACACACAGCCCCGCAACGGCGCAUAGACAUUCAACCCAUACGAGUCCCACGCCAGCUCAUGUGGCUACCAGAACUACAUCCGGAAACUCUCCCUCGGGCGAAACGCACAACUCCCUGACCACGCGUGAUGCCACUGCAAGCCUUGUUUCUUCAAGUGCUCCCUUGGCCAAUAGACACACAGCUUCUUUCAGUGCUCUAUUAAGUACUCCAUCUGUUAUAAUUAGCAGCUAUAGAACUUUUAGUAGUAGCAAUCCUGCCAGUUACAGAACUUUGUCCAUGAGUUCCAAUAGUGAUUCAAAUACUAAAACUCGUAUUCCCUUGUCUAGUGUUAGCCCUUCAACUUUGAAAACCACUGCUUCCAGGAGCAGCAGCAAUCCUUCAACUAGCAAAAUUACCAUUGCUGAGAGUACUAGCAGCAGUUCCAGUACAAAAACAAUUAUUGCCAAGAGUACUAGCAGCACUUGUACUACCAAAACUACUAUUACUAAGAGUACUAGCAGCCCCUCCACUACCGGAACUACUACUUCCAAGAGUACUAGCAGUGGUUCCAGUACAAAAACUAUUACUGCCAAGAGUACUAGCAGCCCUUUCGCUCCCAAAUCUGCUUCUACCAGGAGUACUAGUAGCUCUUCCACUAUCCAAACUACGCUUUCCAUGAGUAGUAGGCGCUCUUUCACUGCAAAAACUGCUAUUGCAAAGAUUACUAGUAGUAGUCCUUCCACUACCAAAACAAUUACUUCCAAGAGUACUAGCAGCCCUUCGACUAUCAAAACUACUACUGCCAAGAAUACUAUCAGAACUACCACAAGUGAGCUAUGCCACAAUGGUGGAAUCUAUGAUGGAACCAAAUGCCUCUGUAAUGAGGAUUUAUUCUAUGGACCCAAGUGUGAGUUCCGCAUGGAUGAAAUUCCAAUCAAUGAAUUAUCUGUGACCAUUACAGUAGAAGCUCAGGUGAGGAUUACCAACAGAGAGUACAAGAAAUCUCUGGAAGACUUAAACUCUAAAUAUUCUCAGGAAAUUCAGGCUCAGUUUAAAAAUCAGAUGAAAGAUAUUUAUGGUGCUGUCCCUGGAUACCGUGGUGUGGAGAUCUUGCAAAUGAGGAAUGGCAGCAUUAUUGUGGAACAUAAAGUCAUCUCCCAAAUAGAAAUGAAGAACAACGAGGAAACGAUCCAGCAGAAUUUGGAGGCUGUUACAGGGGCAGUGAAUCACUCCUUGGCAGGCAUCCAUACCGAUGGGGAAUGUGUCAAGGAUUCAGGACCAAAAUUCUGCUUUGUUCCUUUACCUAACGCAACUCUUAUUCCAAGUUUUUCAUUAAAAGACACCUGUAAAAAUAUUAGUGAUCCAAAGUAUGCAGACUACUAUUAUCCCUACAUGAUGGAAGGCACUGUGCGCUGUAUCUCGAGAUGUUUCAAUGGCACUCAAGAUUCCAUGAAUUGCUACAAUGGUGUUUGCCGACUCUCUGAAAUAGGCCCCUAUUGCAGUUGCAAUAAUUUGGAUAUAUUGUGGUACCUGGAUAGUUACUGCCAAUUAUCUGUCCAAAAGACUGCCCUGGGCCUUAGUCUUGCCCUGGCUGUGCUCUGUGUGGUCAGUAUCAUCCUGACUGUGUUCCUCAUCAGAGUCAAGCAGAAGAACGCUAAGAACAGAUGGUUUGAUGAUGCUGAAGUCUGGUAUGAACAGGAAACAGAAGAAGAGUGGAUACCAUCUGCGGGUCUGAUCAUCAUGAAUAAACCAGCAAUUUCCUCCUGGAACGAACAUCAAAAACAAAAUAAAACCUUCAAACCAUCUUUCAGCUCAGUACAGUAGAUACUUCACUACAGGUGGAUCUCUCUUAUUUUUAAGGGGGCAGGAUGUCAGAAUCCAAUUAUAUUUCAUUUCUAG